AUGUAUCCCGCCGAACGAGAGCCGGGCCGCCAGGCUGAUAAUGAGCCAAGUGCGAAGAGAAAUACCGGCUUGAAUGUCCGAAGGAACUCCCAGAGGGAACCGUCCUACACCGUACCGAGUCACGCUCCUCGAAAGCGCCGAUUCAGCGUCGAAGAAGACGCUUUCACAAUCGAAGAUAUAUCCGCUCUCGAUGCGGGAUACGAUGCGGACGUGGAGGUCCUAUGGCCAUACCAAUAUGAGGAGGCAGACACUUCCAUAAGCCCUUCGAAGGUCCGGUCAACCGGUCCUCGGCGGCUAGAACAUGAUGACAUUUCUCACAGCGCGUUGAUCGACUGGAUGGGCUCUCUCCAUUGUGAUUCAGACAAGGAUUCCAGUCCCUUGAAGUGUACACCUAAGGAAACCAAAAAAAGGAAAUCUAGACCAUCCCUGGACUCUCUACAUCGAAGGUAUUCCUCGCGGUUUGGCCGCCAAGAUGGAGACUCUCUAGAGCGGGGACGACCAGUUCUACCCAAAAGAACUAGGCGAAGCACGGUUGAGAAUAAUAGAUGUGUGACUUUCACCAGAGAGGCUGAUAUUCUAGAUGGGCUAGCUACUGGCCUCUCGAGCAAGAGAAGUGACUCAGCUCCGGCCACAAACGAUGGCAUGGAUUUAGACUGA